AUGUGGUUUGUUGCAAACGUUGCUAUUGUGGCUGAAAAUCAUGCCCUCGUUAUCUGUGGGUUCUUGUUGACGGCACUAUCUGUUUUGUGUGUCACCCUAAGAACCAUCACCCGCAUGGUAUUGGCUUUCAUGAGAUUAGAAGACUGGCUUGCUAUUAUCGCUACUUUUGGAUCAGUCGGAUUUCUUACGGCAUCCAUGUUUAGCGUGAGCUUAGGACUUGGAGAUGUGGUCCCACCCGCUAGGCUACAGCAAUUUCUCCAGGUUCGCCUCGCUACAAUCGCUGCUUACAACUUCACGCAGCUUACCGUUAAAUUCUCGACAUUGGUCCAACGCUCACCUCUACCAAGGAAACUGUCACAAUCACCCAGAAGGUGCAGGCGGCAAAUCCAAACACUAGCGCAGGCAAAAGCGUUUCAUGAGCUCUGCCAGAAUAUUGGCCUUCAGGGUCCACCCCUUGCAAUCAUUGAACCAGAAGAAGUCAAAGGAGAUUUGGGUAUAAGUGACCUCUUCCCCCAGGAAGAGUAUGAGGCUGUUGAUCCCGACAAUGGGGUCACGAACGAGAGAAUUGGUUGUUUUGUGCGAGAUGUCAAGUCUGCGGAAAAAACCGCUGAAAGGUUGGGCAUCAUCGAAAAGACGAGUACCGUUAUCAAUGUAACACUGAAUGUCUCGGCUUGUAUCUGUAUCAGAUUCCUGACCAAGAAGGAGUUUGAGCAAAAUCAGCCUACAGGAAUCGAAGUACUGGACAAAUUGGAGAAGUGGCGAACAGCGCUUAAUGUCGAGUCUGCUGUCGUCCCGGUUGUCGGCAAUGUGGUAGGAGUGCUAUGCAUCAUCAUCAACUUUAUGGAGCUAUUUGUACACCAUAGUCUUCCCGAAGAUGCACAACAGUAUCUAGACAACAACAAGGACGGCUACAUAUCAAGCCUGCCCCAAAAGCCGGACCCUACCUACACCUAUGCAGUAGCUCCUACUCGAUUCAGCUCCUCUGGUCAUACAACAGUCAACUCCAUAUUCUUCCAAUUCUCCGUUGGAUCGGUCGAAGCAAACUUACUAACUGCACCCGCUCUUGCCAACGAGGCCACAAAUACUGCGGCCAGAGACCCAAUCACACAUGCCAUCACGAGCGGCGGUGAUGAAUUUUUGAUCAGCGGACCGCCUGCGGUUGCAGAUGGCGGUAGUAGUAUAUCCGUCAAUGAUCAAGCCAAGAUUAGUGCUGGGUCAGGUAUUGCAGCUACGGGCUUGACCUUUAUCAUCACUGGUACAGGUUAUGGCGUUGCUGGGGUAGCGCAGGUGAUUGUUAAUGAGAGUACCAACAACAGGCCGGAUCAAAGGGUGUUGCCUUCGAUAUAUUUACAAGAGACUUUACGACUUGGCAAGGUGUAG